UCUUGCCUGCUGUAGUUUUUCCUGCCAGCGGACACCUUGCAGGGCCAAAGAUCGUUGAGAGCUUUUUUGCAGUCAUGUCGGCAGCUGUUUCGGGGACCAACAAGGCAGUACACAGCGACGGAGCCCCGAAAAAGAAGAAGGGUCCGGGCGCUUUGGCCACGGCUUACUUGGUCAUCUACAACGUUGUUAUGACAGCGGGGUGGCUGGUGAUUGCUGUGGGUCUGGUUAGAGCGUACCUGGCCAGGGGAAGCUACCACGGCCUCUACUACUCCAUCGAGAAACCCCUUAAGUUCUUUCAGACCGGCGCCAUCCUGGAGAUUGUGCACUGCGCUAUAGGGAUCGUGCCGUCCUCCGUUGUCCUGACCGGCUUCCAGGUGAUGUCCAGGGUCUUCCUCACCUGGGCCGUCACACACAGCGUCCGAGAGGUGCAGAGCGAGGACAGCGUGCUGCUCUUUGUCGCUGCCUGGACCGUCACCGAGAUCAUCCGCUAUUCUUUCUACACCUUCAGCCUGCUCAAUCACCUGCCCUACCUCAUUAAAUGGGCGAGGUACACCUUCUUCAUCGUGCUCUACCCGAUGGGCGUGAGCGGCGAGCUGCUGACCAUCUACGCGGCGCUGCCCCAUGUGCAGAAGAUGGGCCUAUACUCGGUCACGCUCCCCAACAAGUACAACUUCUCCUUCGACUACCAUGCCUUCCUCAUCCUGGUCAUGAUCUCGUACAUUCCACUGUUCCCUCAGCUCUACUUCCACAUGAUCCGGCAGAGGAAGAAGGUUCUGGGCCACGCUGGAGACUACAGCAAAGUGGAGUGAUUUGGAGCCCGUCGCCAAUGAGACCCCAGAGCAGAGCAAGCAAAGGAAGCGGACUCCAAUUGUGUCCACUUUGACCGAAACAAAACGGACCUCGCGCGUGAUUUAGAUUUCAUUUAGUUUCCCUCACCUUUUGAAGUCAGGGUUUGUUUGCUAGAUGCCCGCCGCCGCUGUUUUCUUGAUUUUCUGUUUUAUUUAUGAACUUCAGCUGCCUGAGUAAGCGUGCCGCGCUUAAGGAUGCACUGAAUCCACCGCUUUCUUUUUAAAUAGAACCCCACGUGCAGCUUUGCCCUCUUUAGGCGCCGUUUAGUCGGAAGAAUUAACCAUUUCAGUUUCAGUUUGCGGACAAUAAACCUGUGUGGACCUCUGUUUUUGCAUUGCUUUCUUCUUUUUUUUUCAUGUGACUGUAUGCCAUUGCUUCUGUGAUAAGUUUGUUUUGCUCCUUUUGUCCACUAAAAGUCAUGACUUGUACUGUUUAUCCUGAGUGAUUGCGCUUGAGAACAUUAUUUAUGUCCAUAGCCCCCCGUUGAUGUCCCUCCAUCAUGUAUUUUGUUCAUUUUAAACAAUGAAAGGACAAGAUGGCUUUUGAGCGGUAGCAUUACUUCAGUUUAGUCUGGAAUAAACUUAAUAUUGCCUGUAAUCUCAUUUAUUUUCUGCUGUCAUGUUAGCAGCUAGCCAGCGAGCUAAGUGACUAUACAGACCAAACAAAACGAGUGCAAAUUCCAGAUAUUCUAGAUGAACUCGAUUUAGAAGUGUAAAAUAACAAUCUUUAAAACGUUUGUACAUGCGAGUUUAUAUGGACAGAAAGCACAAUGUUGUUGUGGUAGCACUGUUGCCCGAAUAAGUGUCACAAUAAUUUGAUUAAGUUGGUACAUAAGCUUGUUGAAUUUGUCAUAAAAGUGUGUGUGAACUGAA